CCGGGAGCGGGGUGGAGGCCAGAGCAGAGUCCGCUUGGAUUUGCGGGGGCCCAAGGCCGCAGCAGUCCCGCCCCCAGCCCACUGUGACCACCCUCUGGGGCCCACGGGAGUUCCUACCCUGCGCACCCCAGGGCCCACUUUGUACUCACUAGGGACUGGCAGGCUUCCGGCUUCAGGGACCAUGCCUCUAGGGCUGGGGAAGGGAAAGCCUGGCAAAGUCUGGGCCCUGAGGACACUGGAGGAGAGCGAAUGGGAAGCUUUGGGAUGAGGCACUCGGGUCGUGCUGUCUGGCGGAGCGAGGGCUGCUUGGCAGCAUCAUGAAGGGAAAGUGGUGCCGGCUGCCUGUCCCGGGACCUGCCCAGGCCUGAAGGGUGCCACCCCGGCCCCCAAUUCCAGCAGGUGGGGGAGGCAUCUCCUCGCCCCGCUGCCUGACUCAGUCACUGCUAAAGCAGUGUUGAGAGGCUGAGUGGAGAAAGAGAUACGGCGUCCCUCCCCAGCUUCCAGGAGUCACAGAGGCUGGGGAGGUGGGCAAGGGAUUGUGUGCGUGGGUUCCCUGGGGGCUGCUUUCUGGGGGUUCCCGCCCAGGUUUUGCCCUUCACUGGCUCUGUGCCCCUGAGCAAGCCCUGAGCAGGGUCCUUAUUUGUCACUGUGGGGUGAAGGAGUAAUCCUGGUUCUCCCUGGCGAUCUGCUACUUGUUAUCAGCAUCAGGACUAGGGAAAGAACAGAGAAGGGGCUGAGCCAUGGGGACCCUUCAUCUCCCAUUUUCUGACAAAUCUUUUUCCAGGCUCAGCUUUCUGGGCACGUCAGUAACCCGGGUUUCCCCAGAAUGCUUCUCUUCAGAUCUUUCCAACUCCUCUGCCCCACCCUCCCCGUGUCCUCCCCUGUCAGGACUCCCCACCCAGUGCUCCCUGGUUCUCCCAGAGCCCCCACCCCGGCCCUUAUCCCCCAGGGCGGCAAGAUCUCUGGUAUCUGUGUCCCUCCCCUGCUUCUCUGCUCCCCUCUCUCUUCAUUUGCUCUCCUCCUGGCCUGUCUCUGACGGCGGGGUUUCUUCUGGUUCCCAGUAUUGGCCCACUUGGCAUGUUGCCUUGUGUUUUGUGUUUAGAUCUGGUGGUGCUCCAGGGAGCGGCUGCAUCAGGUGUUACGUGAGCCAAGCCCUAACCGUGCAGAAGAGUGAGAGCUGAAACCUGCUACCGGAUCAGAAGGCAUCCCUCCCGGGGCUUGCUGGGCUGUGGACACCUCCCGGGCCCCUCCGUCUGGGCCCCGUGGAUAGGAGGGGCCGGCCGAGCAGGCAGCUGGGCUAUGGUUUGCUGCCUCGGUCUGGCCGUCCUCAGCCUGGUCAUCAGCCAGGGGGCUGACGGUCGAGGGAAGCCUGAGGUGGGGUCAGUGGUGGGCCGGGCUGGCGACAGUGCGGUGCUGGGCUGUGACCUGCUGCCCCCGGCUGGCCGGCCCCCGCUACAUGUCAUCGAGUGGCUGCGCUUUGGAUUCCCGCUCCCCAUCUUCAUCCAGUUCGGCCUCUACUCUCCCAGAAUUGACCCCGAUUACGUGGGGCGAGUCCGGCUGCAGAAGGGGGCAUCUCUCCGGAUUGAGGGGCUCCGAGCGGAAGACCAGGGCUGGUACGAGUGCCGAGUGCUCUUCCUGGACAAGCACAGCCCUGAGGACGACUCUGUUAACGGCUCCUGGGUGCACCUCACAGUCAAUUCACCCCCUCAGUUCCUGGAGACCCCUCCCCAGGUGCUGGAAGUUCAGGAACUGGAGCCUGUGACCCUGCGUUGUGUGGCCCGUGGCAGCCCACAGCCUCAUGUGACUUGGAAGCUCCGAGGACAGGAUCUUGGCCAGGGCCAGGGCCAGGUGCAAGUGCAGAAUGGGACGCUGUGGAUCCGGCGGGUGGAACGCCGCAGCUCUGGGGUCUACACCUGUCAAGCCUCCAGCACCGAGGGCAGUGCCUCCCACGCCACCCAGCUGCUGGUGCUAGGCCCCCCGGUCAUCGUGGUGCCCCCCAAGAACAGCACGGUCAAUGCCUCCCAGGAUGUUUCCUUGGCCUGCCGGGCUGAGGCGUACCCCACCAACCUCACUUAUAGCUGGUUCCAGGACAGCGUCAACGUGUUCCACGUUAGGUGGGGCUUGGGGGUGGGCGGGGGCCGGCGGGCAGCCUUGGAGGAGUCCCCCGGCUCAGCGAGCCUGGACCCCUGCCCACACGUGCCACAUUGCAGCCGCCUGCAGCCCCGAGUGCGGAUCCUGGUAGACGGGAGCCUGCGGCUGCUGGCCGCCCAGCCGGACGAUGCAGGCCGCUACACCUGUGUGCCCAGCAACGGCCUCUGGCGCCCGCCCUCGGCCUCUGCCUACCUCACUGUGCUCUACCCAGCGCAGGUGACAGCGAUGCCUCCUGAGACCCCCCUGCCCGUAGGCAUGCGGGGGGUGAUCCGGUGCCCGGUCCGCGCCAACCCCCCACUGCUCUUCGUCAGCUGGACCAAGGAUGGGCAGGCCCUGCAGCUGGAUAAGCUCCCUGGCUGGUCCCAGGGCCCCGAGGGCUCCCUGAUCAUCGCCCUGGGGAACGAGGAUGCCCUGGGAGAAUACUCCUGCACCCCCUACAACAGUCUCGGUACUGCAGGGCCCUCCCCGGCGACCCGCGUGCUGCUCAAGGCUCCCCCAGCUUUUCUAGAACGACCUAAGGAAGAAUAUUUCCAAGAAGUAGGGCGGGAGCUACUCAUCCCCUGCUCUGCCCAGGGAGACCCUCCUCCUGCUAUCUCUUGGGCCAAGGUGGGCCGGGGGCCGCAGGGCCAGGCCCAGGUGGGCAGCAACAGUAGCCUCAUCCUGCGACCGCUGACCAAGGAGGCCCAUGGGCGCUGGGAGUGCACCGCUAGCAAUGCUGUGGCCCGAGUGGCCGCCUCCACACAUGUCUACGUGCUGGGCACCAGCCCACACGUUGUCACCAAUGUGUCCGUGGUGCCUUUGCCCAAGGGUGCCAAUGUCUCCUGGGAGCCCGGCUUUGAUGGUGGCUAUCUGCAGAGAUUCAGUGUCUGGUAUACCCCACUGGCCAAGCGUCCUGACCGAACCCACCAUGACUGGGUGUCGCUGGCAGUGCCUGUGGGGGCUGCUUACCUCCUGGUGCUGGGGCUGCAGCCCCAUAUCCAGUACCAGUUCAGCGUCCUAGCUCAGAACAAGCUGGGGAGUGGGCCCUUCAGUGAGAUCGUCUUGUCUGCCCCCGAGGGGCUUCCCACCACGCCAGCUGCCCCCAGUCUUCCGCCCACUGAGAUGUCACCUGCCCUGUCACCUCCCCGAGGCCUGGUGGCAGUGAGGACACCCCGGGGGGUGCUCCUGCAUUGGGAUCCCCCAGAACUGGUCCCUAAAACACUGGAUGGCUAUGUCCUGGAGGGGCGGCAAGGCUCCCAGGGCUGGGAGGUGCUAGACCGGGCCGUGGCAGGCACAGAAAUGCAGUUGCUGGUACCUGGACUCAUCAAGGACGUUCUGUACGAGUUCCGCCUCGUGGCCCUCGCAGGCAGCUAUGUCAGCGAUCCGAGCAACACGGCCAACGUGUCCACUUCCGGCCUGGAGGUGUACCCCUCCCGCACGCAGCUGCCAGGCCUCCUGCCCCAGCCGGUCCUGGCCGGCGUGGUGGGCGGGGUCUGCUUCCUGGGCGUGGCUGUCCUCGUGAGCGUCCUGGCCGCCUGCCUGACCAACCGGCGCAGGGCAGCCCGCCGCCGCCGCAAGCGCCUCCGCCAAGAUGCGCCUCUUAUCUUCUCCCCGCCCGGGAAGUCAGCUCCGCACUCUGCUCCGGGUUCGGGCAGUCCUGACAGCGUGGCAAAGCUGAAGCUCCAGGGCUCCCCAGUUCCCAGCCUGCGCCAGAGUCUGCUCUGGGGGGAGCCCGCUGGUCCCCCCAGCCCCCCUCCGGAUCCUCCACCUAGCCGGGGCCCCUUACCCCUGGAGCCCAUUUGCCGGGGACCAGACGGCCGCUUUGUGAUGGGACCCAGCGCCGGGACCCCCCAAGAAAGGUCAGGCUCUGAGCGAGCUGAACCUCGGACCCCAUCCCAGCACCAGGCCAGGUCCUAUGACUGCAGCAGCAGCAGCCCCAGUGGGAUGCCCCAGCCCCUCUGCAUUGCAGACAUCAGCCCUGUGGGGCCCCCUCCCGAGGCCCCGCCCAGUCCUCUGCCUGGUCCAGGACCCCUGCUUCAGUACCUGAGCCUGCCCUUCUUCCGGGAGAUGAAUGUGGACGGGGACUGGCCCCCUUUCGAGGAGCCCGGGCCUGCUCCACCCCCAGAUUACAUGGAUACCCGGCCCUGCCCCACCUCAUCUCUCCUUCAGCCCCUGGACUCCGCCACCGUGUCCCCCAGGGCAGCGCUUCCUGGGGCUGUGGUCGGGGCCGGGGCCACCCCAGAGCCCCUGUACACGGCACUGGCCGACUGGACACUGAGGGAACGGCUGCUGCCAAGCCUUCUCCCUGCCGCCCCUCGGGGUAGCCUCACCAGCCAGAGCAGCGGGCGGGGCAGCGCCUCGUUCCUUCGGCCCCCCUCCACAGCCCCCUCUGCGGGAGGCAGCUACCUCAGCCCUGCUCCGGGAGACACCGGCAGCUGGGCCAGUGGCCCUGAGAGGUGGCCUCGAAGGGAACACGUGGUGACAGUCAGCAAGAGGAGGAACACAUCUGUGGAUGAAAACUAUGAGUGGGACUCAGAAUUCCCUGGGGACAUGGAAUUGCUGGAGACUCUGCACCUGGGCGCGGCUGGCCCUCGACCCCGACCUGAAACUGAGCCAGAGCUAGAUGUGAAGACUCCAGAGGAGGGUGGCCUCUUGAAUGCUGCCCGUGCUUCUGGCCCCGAGGCCCGCUGUGCUGUCCUCCGGGAGGAAUUCCUAGCUUUCCGUCGCCGCCGCGAUGCCACUAGGGUCCGGCCACCGGUCUAUAGACAGCCAGUGCCCCACCCCGAACAGGCCACUCUGCUGUGAGAGCGCCUGAUAGGAGGCUGGGUGAAGGCACACAGAGCCUGCAGAGGGGAGGCCCCAGCAAGCCCUAGCUCCAGCCUGGAACACUGCUCCUGCAGCUCUGGUGGUGGUGGGCUUGGGUGGGCUUGCUAGGAGGUGUAUAUGCCGGGCCCCCGGAGUCCGGGGACUGGGACAGGGAUCUUAGAUCUGCCCGUGUGUGUGUGAGUGUGUGUGGUGACGGUGAUGGUGUUUGUGGUGUGGGUGAGGUUUUUUUACAGGUGAAUAAAGAAAGUCUGACAAAUGUU